UAACGAAUCGUGCCUUUCAUCGCUCUGGUUGAAACAAUCAAGAACCUGGUUGGCUUGCUGCGCUCACUUUCACACUGAAGCUCGGUGAUGGUGAUGGACUGUAGGGACUGGGACGAAGACUCCUACAAAGAGUCCAUUAUACGGGAGAGAGAAACCCAAUGCAGAACCGUAUUCCGAACCGCUUUCGCCCCGAACCCGAAUGCCAACUCCACGCCCGACAUCCUCUUUGCCGCGACGAGCGACGGCUCCGUCUCCUCAUACUCCAUCUCUUCCCUCCUGGGUUUCAAUUAUGAAAAUGUCGGAGCUCGGAAGUUGUUAGCGCCACUUGCAGAACCUAAUUGGUGGGUUAAAGGACAUGAGGGGCCUGCCUAUGAUGUUAGUUUUUACGGCAAUGGCGAAGAUUCAAUAUUGUUAAGUUGUGGUGAUGAUGGUCGAAUUCGGGGAUGGAAAUUGGAAGAAAUUUCUGAAUCAAGCAAAUAUACUCAAGGAGGCAAUUCAAUGCCAGUACUUGAUUUGGUGAAUCCUCAACAUAGAGGUCCAUGGGGUGCACUUUCUCCAAUCCCAGAGAACAAUGCUAUUGCUGUUAAUGCUCAGAGUGGAUCCAUAUUUGCUGCUGCUGGUGAUUCAUGUGCAUAUUGCUGGGACGUGGAGAAAAGUGAAAUUAAAAUGGUCUUCAAGGGGCAUUCAGACUAUCUCCAUUGUAUUGUUGCACGCAAUUCUCAUGAUCAGAUAAUAACUGGUUCAGAAGAUGGAACAGCACGAAUAUGGGAUUGCAAAAGUGGAAAGUGUGUACAAAUAAUUGAUCAAGGGAAGGAUAAGAAGUUGAAAGGAUCUUUUCCAUACAUUAGUUGUAUUGCUCUAGAUGCAAGUGAGAGCUGGCUGGCUUGUGGAAGUGGACGGUCUUUAUCACUCUGGAACCUUCCUGCCGGUGAUUGCAUAUCAAGGAUCGCAACAUGUUCUGCUACUCAGGACGUUUUAUUUGAUGACCAUCAAAUUUUGGCGGUAGGAUCAGAACCUAUACUCAGCCGGUUCAAUAUGAGUGGGGAGAUUAUUUCGCAGAUUCAUUGUGCUCCUGAGUCCGCAUUUUCUAUUUCAUUACAUCCUUCUGGGGUUACAGCUGUGGCUGGAUACGGAGCAUUAGUAGACGUCAUUUCACAGUAUGGAAGCCAUUUAUGCACAUUCCGGUGCAAGGGCUUGUCGAUGGAUCAAUGAGAAGCCAGAUUCCUCGUGGACGUAGUUGGAGGUUCGUCCUUUCAUUGUCCGUAAAAUCCCCGUUUCUGCUGACAUGGCACUGCUUAUGUGGCGUCCAGAUCAUGGUUUUGACACUGUCAUGGGGUCUGUUAAAAUAUGUUUGGCUUUGCCCACAACCAAGCCUGGUGGGAUCCCUUCCCUCCGGCACCGGAUUGUGACCCAAAUUUGAUCGUUAAUCUGGUCGGAAAGAAAGCGUGUAGAGUCUUUCCAGUCAAUUCCUUAAGGAUCUGGGAUUUGUUAUAGUUUUUUUUUUUUUUUUUUUUUGAAAACAAAAGUUGUAGCCUAAAUCCUUUGAUGCUUUAUUUGGGAACUUUCUUUUGCGUCGCGUACGAAUGAAAGUACAUUC